CAGUCACGCAGAAAAUUUCCUGACUCAAAAGUUUGUGUGUUCUCCAAAGGCAAUACUGGGGUAUACGAUACAAUGGGAUAGGAUUUAUUAUUUAGGAUAUUGUUUUAAAUUCGGAUGAUGGAUAACGUACGACAGCAUCGAAAAAUACUUCGUUCACCAUCAGUUAAGAGAAAAAACAAAGUUCUGCCCGUAAAUCAAAGAGUUCAGUUGCAGAGAGUGUUAGGAGUGACAGUGUCAUCUAAUGCUGGCCUCUCAUGUGACUCCAAUAAUGGAACUAUUGCCUAUCCUGCAGGCUGUGUUGUGGUGCUGUUCAACCCCAGAAGAAACAAACAGUCUCACAUCUUCAACACCACCAAGAAAACAAUCACAGCUCUUGCGUUUUCGCGUGAUGGCAAGCAUCUCAUUACAGGCGAGACCGGUCACCAGCCGGCCGUACGUGUGUGGGAUGUGGCAGAGAAGACACAAGUGGCCGAGUUCCGUGGUCACAAGUUCGGCAUCAACUGUGUGGCCUUCUCCCCCAACAUGAAAGAAGUGGUCUCAGUGGGGACCCAGCAUGACAUGAUGAUCAAUGUCUGGAACUGGAAGACUGGCAACAAAGUGGCCUGUAACAAUGUCUCCAGCAAGGUCAGUGCCAUAGCUUUCUCAGAAGAUGGCAAAUGUUUUGUGACAGUUGGCAACAGACACGUCAGGUUUUGGUACUUGGAAGAAAGGAGAUCAAAGAUCAAUCAAACCGUUCCACUGAUGGGUCGCUCUGGCAUUCUGGGAGAUCAGAAGAACAAUUUUUUCUGUGACGUUGUGGCAGGCCAGGGCCCCAUGUGUGGCAGAUUUUUUGUCAUCACCCAAUCUGGCCUGCUGUGUGAGUUCAAUGAGAAGAGGCAGCUGGACAAGUGGGUGGAGUUACGGACCAAGUCAGCCAACUGUAUAACAGCUGGGCAGGAGCAUAUAUUUGUUGGCUGCGCUGAGGGGGUUGUCCGUGUCUUCAGCUCCACAUCUCUACACUACCUGUGUUCACUGCCCAAACCACAUCACCUGGGUGUAGAGGUCACUACAGCUACAAGUCCAAGUCACAUGGUGGCUCACAGCCAAGAUGCCAAAUACCCAGACACUAAGGCUAUAGCUAUUGAUGAUGAUCAUAAAAAGGUUACAUGUAUAUAUAAUGACCGUAGUGUUUAUAUAUGGGAUGUUCAUGACAUCAAAAGGGUGGGAAAGGCUUGGUCAUUUCUGUAUCACAGUGGAUGUAUCUGGUCUCUUGAGGUGUACCCCCAGCUAGAGGAAGGCACCAAGUCCUGUCUCCCACCUGGUUCCUUUCUGACAGCCUCAGGUGACAACACUAUACGUGUCUGGAACCUGAACACACAUAUGCCAGAGAACACUGCAUACAAACGCAAUAUUUAUAGCAAUGAGUUGUUGAAAAUAGUUUAUGCAGAUCCUACACUGACGUCAUUAUGUAAUGUUGAUUACAACCCAGCUGGGGCUACAGACAAAACUGACACAACGUAUGAUGGGAAAAAUGGCGUCAGGUCAAUUAGGGUGAGCCCAGAUGGAGCUGAUUUGGCUUCUGGAGACAGGCAAGGCAAUAUCAGGAUCUAUGACAUGGAUUAUCUGAAUGAGAAAAAAAGUGUAGAAGCCCACGAAGCAGAUGUAAUGUGCCUAGAAUACUCAUACACCCAACAUGGCAAGUUUUUAGCCACUUCCAGCCGUGAUAGGCUCAUCCACGUGUUUGAUGUGGACCAGAACUACGGCCUGGUCCAGACACUAGGUGACCACUCGUCAUCCAUCACUGCCGUCAGGUUCACUGACACCGACGACAAACUUCGCAUGAUCAGCUGUGGGGCAGACAAAUCCAUUUUACUUAGGAAUGCUGUCACUUCCCCAGACUUUCAGUUCCAGUUAGAACACCACUUAGCUACAAAGAUAACACUAUAUGACAUGGUGAUAGACCCUACACAGAAGUGCCUUGCUACAGCCUGUCAAGACAGAAAUGUUCGACUUUACAACAUUCAAACCACAAAAGAAAAAAAAUGCUACAAAGGUUCGGCAGGAGACGAGGGUGUCUUGUUGCGCAUCCAUCUGGACCCCUCAGGGACUUACGCAGCCACCACAUGUACAGAUAAGAAUGUUUGUAUCCUGGACUUCAACACGGGAGAGCUCAUGGCUACCAUGUAUGGGCAUUCAGAGGUCAUUACUGGGGUGAAGUUUGCUAAUGAUUUGAAGCAUGUGAUCACAGUUUCUGCUGAUGGCUGUAUAUUUGUCUGGAGAUUGCCUUCAGAAAUGACCAAUCAAAUCAAAGGGAGGCUACUGGAGUUAGGAAAACAUAUGAAGGAUACAGACUAUUUUCGAUCUGACCAGCCUCUGAUGCCCAACCCAGUGAUGCUGGAGAACACAAUCUCUGAGGGCAACUUCCAUGUGGUUAAAUCAGCAUCGGUCAGCCACAUCCCCAUGCAGGACACUGAGAGUGUUGAUGGGAGGGAGGAUGAUGAUGACAAGGAGGUCUUUGAUGACACAGCCAGCCACGCCAGCCUAGAUUAUCGCUUUAGCAUUGGACAGCUGCCCAACUGGGCAAAGGCUAAGUUUGGUGAUUCCCACACUGAUGGCCUAGAGAACAACCAAGAACAGCUGCAGCCCAAAGGUCGGUGGGCACAGAGAGUUGACCACAACAUUGAGUUCAAGUCUCAGCUGGACCUUACUUCAGAUGAGGACACCAUUAGUACCUACACUGCCAGUCGUCGUCAGGAGCUGGCAGGUGAACUGAGUGUAGGCCAUCUCUCAGACAUACGCAGGGAGACUGUUGUGUUAGGGAGGACUGUUAAAAGCAAGAAUGUACCUGUGAUAGGAGAUGACUUCAGGGGAUCACCAGGUGACCUACAUCUACCUGCAUCUGCUAGGGAACUUCGAGAAAUGGAAAAGAUGAACAGACAUUCAUUUGCUCAGUACAAGUCAGACACUGCUCUCAACAUCACAGCUAGGAGAUCUAUGGACCCCUAUGACCUUCUCCAUGGCAACAGCCUGGAGUUGGAUGACACAGAUGAGCAGGAUACUGGGUCAGACACGACAGAGGUCAUUUACCCACCCACUGACCAGGACUCUGACCUUUUUGCCAGCACCUACCAAAUAUUUGCUGCGGAUGACAAGAAGAUACAAGGCUCUGGGUCUGGCAUAGGGAACACAUCCAGCCAUGAUGAUGCCUCAGAAAGUACUGACCCCGUGUCUGUGGACGAUGAUGAUGACCACAACGAUGAAACCCUGGCCUUGUCCAACCCAACAACACCCUCUGACCCAGACAAAGAAUUUUUGGCCCGGACCCCAGACAAGGAAGACUUUGUGAGAGAAAACUUUGAGGAGGACACCUUCUCCCCAAUGCCACUAGAGAAGUUCAACAAGUCUGUGGACAACCUGGAGAUCCACCACUCCAUGGAUGGCACUGUCAUCUCAGUGGCAGAGUCCACCCCAUUCAGCCCCAGGCUCAGUCUCUCUGCCAGGUUCAUGUCCAGGGCUCAGACCCCUCACAAGAUCCUGUCCUCUGGUCAGAUAGGCUACAGACCUGACAACUGGUUUAGUCGCAACAAGCUGGAAAUGUCAAGGGCUAUGGAUGAAACCCGUAAAAGCCUUUUAGCUGCCAGGCACUCCAUAUUAGCUGUGCAUAUGAGCCUACACAGAAACUCCCUGGAUUCAGAUUCUCCAGACAAGGAAGACCCUCCAUCUCCACCCACUAAACUUGAAGAUGAGGAAGCCAAGUUUCCUGCACUUGAUGGUGGUCCAAUGACAAGUUCUCCUAUCACAGGUGAUUUUGAGAAUCGUAUAAAAAACAGUCCAAAAGAUCCAUUCCCAUUGACCAAGUCAUCUCUAGCCAGCAGCAGUUCCCCCAUUAGACCAGCUGUCUCCUCUGUGACCAGCCCUGUGGCCAGACGAAUCAACCAGGAGAGAGAAAGAAGGAAGAGCUGCGGCAAGAGUCAGGAGCCACAGGACAAUAAGACAGCUGACUCCACUAAUGGCACCAGCACCGACACCUCACAGAGACCAACAACAAGUAGGAUCAGACCAACAUACUUCAAGCCCACCCAGAGUUCUAAGAACAAGGUGAACAGAGUCAGUGAUGGAGGAAUGGAGUCUACUCUAGCCUCUAAAGUUACAGAUCUCGGGAAAAAACCAAUUAGGAGCCGAAGCAAACUGGCCGGGUCAAAACUUGCAAUGUAUGCUUCCACGCCUAAUUUGAUCCUCGGAGCUGAAGACGAUGAUGUGGAAACUGAAGAAAAACCUCAGAAACCUGCGGCUAUAUUUUCAUCCAAUCUCCGCCUGUCGGCUGACCUGUCCCGCAGCGUCCCUGAUGUUAAUGACGCAGACUCCAGCACCGACAGCAGCUCGACCGGGUCAUCAACAAAAUCCUCCCGUAGGUCGGAGCCUCUCCAGUCUAAAUUUAUCUCCAGAUUUUCUGCAGCUGCGGCCCUGAAUGACCAAAAACUGAUGCCCCCACCCAGUAGCAUUCCAAGCACCUCACGCUUCAAUGGGAGCUCAUCACAGACUGCUGGCACCUACCUGCUGAGGAAAGACAGCGGGGAGAUCCAGCCCAGGAGGAAGUUGUCAGCGUCUGAGAUGACUUUAGACCAAGCUAAGAACAUCCUUCUUGGCAAGUCUGGUGUGUUGAACAAAGCCCCUGAGACCGCUCCUAUUCCAAUAGUCCCAUCCCGGGCCAUGAGAGACUCGAGGGCGUCCAGCAUCUCCUCUGUGUCCACCCUCAUGUCCAGCGGCUCCCCGCCCUUGUUUGAUUCUGAUCUGGCCCACGCCAGCCCCUCUCAGCUGGCUGUAGCUGAGGAAAUAGAGUACACAGCCAACAUGCUGCGGCACCAGAAGCAGGCCAGCAGCCAUUUCUCUCCAGAGCGUCUCAGUUCACACGCCCCCUCAAAUCUUGAGGCCAGUCCUCUAGACCUGCCAGAGAGGGACCAACCUUCUCCCAACACACGCAGAACCUCGCCCAAACCACAGCCACCUGUACAAUCUUCUCAGUGUCCAAACUUUAGUUUAUCCGCCUCACAGCCCAUCCAGAGUGGCAGUUUAUCUCGAACAACUGCUAACAACACUUUCACCAUAUCCACGGAUGUGAAAUCUAAAGAUUUCACAUCCGUGGAUAAAAGUAAGGAGAGUGGGGAUGAUGAGACCCCUGGCUCUAUAAGAGACCGCAUCGCCAGGUUUCAGACUCAGAAUAUGGACCCAGUGGUCAGUGGCUCGAGUCCUCGCUCAUCAAGUCCUUACAGACGGACACUGCCAGCCUCCCCCAUUGUAGCGCCAUCUCAGGGUGAGGAUCAGGAUAGCCCUCCACCAGACCACAGUGACACGGGCCAGGGGUCAGAUUCAUCAGACAACUCACACAUCAACACUGCUACAUACACUAUAGGGAACAAGCUCAUUGCUGUACAAAACUCUCACCAAGAGACCAGCAGACCGGAUAGAUCAAAACUUGGUUUACCUUUGCCCACAUCACCAAGUUCUCAAGUAUUUGUAAACCACUGCCAAUCAGUUUUAAAUGAAUUCCAUUCUGAUCUCAGUAAAGUCAAAGAACUCUUUUACCAGGUUGAAGGUAAAACAGAUGAGAACUCCCAGCAGGUGUUGGCCAUGUUGGGGCAGACCUUCCACGAGGCCCAUCAGCUUCUCACAGAGCUGGCUGCUAAAACACAGCGCAGUGCCAGCCCCUCCCUGCACUCAUCACUGCAGCUAUCUCAGGACUCACAGGCUAAAACAUUCCACUCCUCCGGCCUGAAGAACUCCGACACAGAAACCGUGGUCAGCACCAGCGCGUCGCUGGUCAACUCGUCAGUGGGACAGUCACACGAUGACCAGCUGGCCAUCCUGUCAGCGACAAAGGACAUGUUGCAGCCGUUUGUCAGUCAACUGUCACAUGACUUGAGCAGAGGGAUUAUCAAGUACAUCAAGGAAAAAGUGGAUGAAAGUGAAAAUCCAUCGAUUGUUUGAUGUUUGGAGGAAGUUUUGAGUUAUAUAUUGAGUGAACCAUCAUUAGACAACAUUGAAUCAUUGUCAGUAUAAUUUGCACAAAAGUUAAACGUUUCAUACAUUAUGUUUGUAAUAAAAUUAUUUCUAAUUCAUUCUAUUGUCCUCAAAAAUAUCAUUGGGUAUGACAGAUAUUCAAGAAUAACCACCAGUACUAUGUUCUGUUUAUCAUCACUGUACCAGUCAUUACCACCAUAUAGAGUUCACUUUUUUUUUUAUCAAGCUCUAAACAGCCAGUUAAUUUUAGGGUGUUUUUUUUUUUUUAGUUUAGAUUCAACAUUUCAUUAUUUGUUUUCUAUAGAUGCAAAAAAGUCUGACUGACCAAACUGCAUUAAAUUAAAAUAGCUGUAGAUGUUUCAAGUUGCCAACAGUGUGUUGUAAAUGUGCAAUAUAUUCAGGUUAUAUUUUUUUUGUUUAACUUCUCAAACUCUUUACACACUUUUUCCCUUCACCAACUAUUUCAAAACUUUCAGAGCAACUGUUCUCUGAAAUUACCUUUCUGAUGUACUUAACACUAUAUAACAGCCAGCCUGUUCUAACCCAGUAGCCCAUGACUUGUAACAUGAGCUCAGUUAGAUCCAACUGACCUAGGUAUACCUUUUGCUCACUACUGGUUGUGAAGUCUACAACUCACAAUUAAAAUGUUAUUUAGUCUCAGUUUUAGAUUGUUUGAGUUUAUAGGUACAGACACUCUCUAGUACAGAAAAUCAUAGAUGUGUAGACUAAUCACAUUGAAAAUUGAAGCUUAUUGUGUUUUGUCUGUUUUUUUUUUAAUAGUGUCUCUGCUGGCUUGAAUCAUUGGUCAUUAUGUUGCAACACUGACAUUAAAAAUGUCAAUCAACUUAUGCAAGCAAUAUUAGCUCACUAUUAGCCUAUAUGUGAUGUAAAUAAAAAUUAUACUGAUCAUCAUGAAGAUUAAAUCUGCCUUUACUUAAACAAGAUAUGUAUACAGGUUAUGUUGAAAUAUUUUGUGUUAUGUUUCGUGAAAUUGUAUUCAAUAACAAACCACAAUUUUGACCAAUGCAAUGCCAGUUGAAAACUUGCUGAUUAUUUGUUUUCAUUUUUAAGAUUAACAUCAGGUUGUGUUUGUGAAGUUAACUUGGCUACAGAUUGUAUGGUUGUGUAAAUAUGUUAUCCAUUUUUGAUGGCCAUAGAUUAUAUGGUUGUGAAACCACACAUUAUUUCUCCUCUCCCCUCCCCCUCCCAAACUUUUGUGAUGUGUUUCCUGAUUUGGAGCUUCCAUUAUGUCUGCAAUACCCCUGCAUCUUUCAAUCACAAGCACACACUGAUUUGAUUAGAAGCUUCCAACUUCUGCAAAACCCUUUCAUCUUUCACAAAGGCUGUGUUGAUCUGACUGUAAUGUGUGAAAGUAGUGAGAAAAAAUAAGUCACAUUUAGUCACUGUUGCUUCAUGUGCUUCUGCACAAAACUGUAACAAUACAAUCAACACUGGUAGAACUUUUAAUAAACACACAACUUUUGUUUCAAAGGGUUCUCUUUAUGCUUAAAAAAUAAAUAAUGUUAUUUUCCUAUAAAAUUAAUGGAAAAAUGCUUUUCUACUUUAUACAUCAGAAAUGGCUUUAAACUUUUGAAAACAAAUACUUUGUAAGAGUUUAAUUUUUAUUUGUUUAUGUUUCCUACAUUGUUUAACUUUUGGAAUGAAUAUCUCUAAGAAUUGAAAAUGCUGAUUAUAAACAAUGAACCUUUCAACUGUGAUACAACCCUAGAUCAAUAUUUUGUCUGGCUGUAUGCACUAAUUUUAAAAUGUAUCAAAGCCUUGUAAUAUUAUGUCACAUGCAGAUGUUUAUUAACUACCAUCACAAUGGGUUUCUUUAAGGACAGAUAAUUUCAAUUUGUCUUAUACUAAUGCUUUUUUUUUACUUACACUUUUUUGGCUAAAAUGUUUGUCAAUCACCCAUUGUCCAUUUUUCAAGUGUUCAUUUUGUUAAAGAAAAAAAAUAGCCUUAUUCUACCCAAAAAUUGCUAUUAUUAUAGCUUUAUUAAAAUACAAAUCCAAGUGAGGUAGUUGUAAAUGUAAAAAUACAUGAUAAUUUCUUUCUAAAAAUGGCCAUGACAUAAACCCAGUUAGUGAUGUGUUUUAACAUCUCUGUUGGGGAUAAUGCUUGACUGCUGUGGACUGGAACAUUCCAUUUAUAAUCUUCAUGGGCUCAUCUUGGUUAUCAUCCAUCAGCUCAUUUAAAAUGUAUUUAUUUUUGUACGCUAAUGCUCUGUGACAACAGUAACAAGCUUAAAGCACAAUAAAUAAUCUUUACCUAAGGUUCAAUUUGGUUUGAUUUUUUUCUUCUUAAUUUUGAAUUUAUUUACUUAUGUUUUGAGUUCCAAUGAAACUAGGGCAAAGAACUGCCAUUGUACAAAUUUCAGUUAGACAAGAGUUACUAACCCUGACUAGUUUAUAGUUGUAAAUAAUCUUAUAAGUUUAGGUUUGUUGCUUGAAAUAAAUGUCUCCAUGUUCAAGUAAUCUAUGCAUUUCAUUUGUGUCAGUUCUUUAUGGCAAAUUCUACUGUUAAAACUAAUUAUUAAAUUUUGCUAAAAAUAAAGUAUUUUGAAUAGA